AUUUCAUUCAACCUCGCUUCAUAACUCGGGGCUUCUUCUCCAUCAUCACAUCAACACCAGGAGCACCCAGAAUCGAAAUUUUCCUUGUGGCUUACUUACGAUUUUGGAAUUUUGCGCUCAUUAACCUUGCCAACCGAGACAUCACAUAAACGUGUCUAAGGCAGCAAUAAAGGCACCAUCAUGAGCGACGCUUCAAACCAACCAGCCCGCGCGGGAUCUCUCACGCCGGAGAUGAUAGAAUUCGCAAGCAGGAUGUACGAUGCUGCGAGAAAGGGAGACGUGGCUACGUUUGAGCAGGCUCUCCCAGCAGGCCUACCUCCAAAUCUGACAAACGACAAGGGCGAUACUCUGCUUAUGCUCGCUGCGUAUCACGGCCACGCCGAUUUAGUAAAGGUUCUCAUUCAACAUGGUGCGGACCCUAAUCGUCUCAAUGACCGAGGGCAGAGUCCUCUCGCUGGGGCAGUGUUCAAGAAGGAAGACGCAGUAAUUCAAGAGUUGCUAGAUGGCGGCGCGGAUCCUGAAUACGGGCAGCCAAGUGCUGCUGAAUGCAUCGCAAUGUUCAAACAGGAGGAUACUUGGAAGUCAAAAUUUGAUGGAGCCCCCGGCAAAGGACAGGCUGGAAAGACAAGGGAGGCCGAGGGUAAAGAAUGAUGGUCUAGGUUUGAAAACUCCGGGUGAGUCAAGUUACUUGUUAUGGUACCUGUCGAGGAAAGGAACCUUGCUACUUAUAUCGAGAAUACACAAAACAUUGUAAUGAA